CGAAUUAGGCACAUUAUGUUUAAUGUUCCAAAUUUAAAAAAUGUGAGAGGAUUUUAAGGGAGGGAUCUGGCAACCCCGUUCAGCGCUUCGUUGACUAGUAUGGACCGGACAUGAAGCGAAUCGGAGGACCAUGUAUGAGAUAAAGGACAGUGUCCGGUCUCAGGUUAUCCAUUGUGUUACUGGUAUAUAUCUUGGUGUAGAGAGAGCGAACCACUUCGAUCUUGGAUAAUGAAUUCUUCAAACCCUACAAUGGAUCUGUGUUAAGUAAAACCGAGGAAUGUUUUCGCACAGGGAUAAAAACAUAAAAUAAAAAAACGCGACCUGGCAACCCGAAGGGCGGGUGCGUUACCAAGGCUGAGCGAUUUCCUCAACAUGUCACAUCGCCAAACACAGUCAGUGCUGCACUGCAUUGGAGCUUCACACCUCAGUGCUUUUAAUGAAUAGACCUGAGCUUCAACCUUGACUGUAAGGUGGAGUGAAGUACCAGCAUGAUAUGUGGCCAUUAUAGCCUACUAAAAUAAAAAAAAGUACAAAAAGAAAACUUGCUCCAGCUCUCAUUUCUCCCACUCUGUCCACACGUCCGGUUGCAAAAGUUUGCUUUUACAGAAGUGACUUCCUUCCUCUCCCAAAAAAACCACACUAAUUUAAAUGAAGUGCAAUAGUCAUUAAAAAAUUAUUGAUUGUACAAUUAACCGUAAACAAAUGUAAAACAUGAUAAACUAUAAAGGAUUAAAAUGUGGCUUUAGUACAGUUGGUUGAGAAACCCCGUUUUGGAUAACUGACUUCCUGUCCAGAAAGCUUGUUUGUGUUUGGAUGUGCCUCUUGAUACUUUUUACUCUGCAGGCCAGUGGGGGUGGAGCUUUGUGAACAUGGCUGGGAAUGGGUGGGCUCAAGGAUUUAAAAAAAUGUUGAAUCCACCUACUUCAAGUCCCUGUGAAGUUUCCUGAAACGUGCAGCGUUAUUUGAUGUAUCCACGUAAUUUUCCAAGUCGGGGUGGGACAUAUUGAGUGGCUCCUCCCCCUUUUUAAAUAGCCAGUUGAGAUAAUUUUUGUCGUAUCGCACGGCUUUAUAUUUUCUCAAAGGGACAGACAUUGGUCACCACUUGGGACAUUUCAUAUGAAGCAAGAAAUUCAAGGUUAAAUGUCUUGCUCAGGUGAACAAUGGCAGCAGCAGCAGGAUCUUAUCAGCUUUGAUCGAACCCUGAGCUUUUUUCCGCUCAUGGUUCACCAUCUGAUUGCUGGGCUGAGGCCACGCGAUAGCGCUGCUACAUUGUUCAAGAAUGAAUGAAGCGCCCGAGUCUGAAAUAUGAGCCAUUAAAGCAAACAUUGGCAGCAGGAUAAAGGAUGUAUUAUGGAUGAGGCUGUAGUGUGUAAACAAGCUGCUGGCCUCAAUUCAUUUCUGCUUUUUCUGUUUCCCUAAAGGUGAAUGAUGACCUUCUGUAGCUGAUUGGAUGAGCUGCCGUCCAUCAUGAAGAAGCGAUCCAAUAAAGCGGCGGAGCCAGACGAUACUUUGUGCUGCUGUGAGUAUGUGGACCGACUUGGUGGGCGGAGUCACGUGGCAGCGUGCUGCUGUGACUGUGAGGAUCUGGACGAGGCUUGUGACAGAUGGAUGAAGAGAGAACCCCAGAACCCGGACUCGCUAUCUCGAGUGGCGGCCACGGUGACCGAUCGUCUGCGAGUGCCCUGGAUUUCAGGAGCUAAAAAAGUCGACCUGUCCUUGAUCCCGCCUCUUAUCCUACUUCCCAUCCUCCUGCACAUCGCCGCUCUGCAUUACCUGCUGGGUAUCGUAGUCCUGACGGCGCUACCCGGCAUGGUGCUUUGGUAUUACUACUUCACCCACCGCAAGAAAGGACGCACGCUGUUCUUCCUCAGCCUGGCACUGUUCUCUCUGUUUUACAUGUACUACCUCUUCCUCACCGAGGUCGUGCCGCGAGGCGACGUCACUAACGUACAGCUCGGGAUCAUCACGCUAGGCGUGGCACUUACUCUCCUAGCCCUCAUGCAUACCAAGAAAGGGCCGGGCUACGUCAAGCCCAGUCCUGCUGACACGCACAGCACAGUGACGUAUCACAGCCCUCUGCAGGAGGUAGACUCCGCCUACCACAACGGCUCACGGCAUCAGGUGGUGAUCGCCAAUCGGACGAGUCUUGCUGAGCAGGGCGCUGAGCCCAGAGCUGUGGCAGGCAGCGUGCUGGAGAAAGACAGCGGUAAGAGGAACUGGUGUCCGUUCUGCAAGCUGGUGCGACCUCCAAGAGCCGGACACUGCAGGAUCUGCAGCGCUUGUGUUCUACGCCUGGACCAUCACUGUGUCUGGAUUAACAGCUGUGUGGGUCAGGCCAACCAUCGCAGCUUCCUGCUGACUCUCUUCUUCUUCCUGUUGACCUCGCUGUAUGGGAUCAGCCUGGUGCUGCACAGUGUGUGUCCCACCCAGAGCCUCCUGACCGCCUUGCUUUACUGCCCCGAUGUCUACAGUCAGUCCAGCUCAGCCUUGUGCUUCACCUGUGCCUGGUACAGCAGCAUGGUCACCGGUGGACUGCUCCACCUGCUGGUGCUGCAGCUGAUCAACGUCAGCUACAACGUAACGGAGCGCGAGGCUCGGAUCGCUCUGAGGGACAAAACGGGACGCAGUCUAGUCUGGGGCCUCAUCAUCGACACGGGUGUGUACUCCCGUGGCUUCCGCAGCAACUGGAACGAAUUCCUGACCAUGGGCGAAACGUUGGAGCCCAAAGCCCUGAAACCCACAGAUCUGGUUUAGACGUCUGCUUAAUGUCAGAGCCUUAAAGUGUGACUUAUUGGAGGUCAUGAAAAGCUGUCAGACUGAAGCGUUACGCACGUGCAGGUACACUGCAGAUCCAGGAUUAGUUUUAUUUCUCUGGUUUCAACUGACUAGCAGAAAUGUUUGUUAGAUAUUUGCCCACUAGGUGGCAGCAGUAUAUAAUAUUUCAUCUGGCUAUAACCAAAUCACAAUAGCUCAUCAGUGCACAUUGACAGUGAAGGAGUCUGGGUGACAAACUGUUCACCAGACCCAACAUCUGUGACUCCUAAGCCAUAUAAAAAAAAUAUGCCAUGAAACCAUAACUUUCAGAGCCGCUGUGUGUCUUGGGCUCUGCUGUCCAGAAUGUAAAGUAGUGUUGUGUAGACAUCAUAGCUUGAUUUAGUGCCUUGCUGGGAUAUGGGAGGGGAAAAAAAAAACGGACACAGCACCAUAAUGCAUUCU